CAGUCUGAUCAGGGGUCGUAUAUAUCAUGCCUCUACUCCUCCCAGCUACCCAGUCUGAUCAGGGGUCGUAUAUAUCAUGCCUCUACUCCUCCCAGCUACCCAGUCUGAUCAGGGGUCGUAUGUAUCAUGCCUCUACUCCUCACAGCUACCCAGUCUGAUCAGGGGUCGUAUGUUUCAUGCCUCUACUCCUCCCAGCUACCCAGUCUGAUCAGGGGUCGUAUGUUUCAUGCCUCUACUCCUCCCAGCUACCCAGUCUGAUCAGGGGUCGUAUGUGUCAUGCCUCUACUCCUCACAGCUACCCAGUCUGAUCAGGGGUCGUAUGUAUCAUGCCUCUACUCCUCACAGCUACCCAGUCUGAUCAGGGGUCGUAUGUAUCAUGCCUCUACUCCUCCCAGCUACCCAGUCUGAUCAGGGGUCGUAUGUAUCAUGCCUCUACUCCUCCCAGCUACCCGGUCUGAUCAGGGGUCGUAUGUAUCAUGCCUCUACUCCUCCCAGCUACCCAGUCUGAUCAGGGGUCGUAUGUUUCAUGCCUCUACUCCUCCCAGCUACCCAGUCUGAUCAGGGGUCGUAUAUAUCAUGCCUCUACUCCUCCCAGCUACCCAGUCUGAUCAGGGGUCGUAUGUAUCAUGCCUCUACUCCUCCCAGCUACCCAGUCUGAUCAGGGGUCGUAUGUAUCAUGCCUCUACUCCUCCCAGCUACCCAGUCUGAUCAGGGGUCGUAUAUAUCAUGCCUCUACUCCUCCCAGCUACCCGGUCUGAUCAGGGGUCGUAUAUAUCAUGCCUCUACUCCUCCCAGCUACCCAGUCUGAUCAGGGGUCGUAUGUAUCAUGCCUCUACUCCUCACAGCUACCCAGUCUGAUCAGGGGUCGUAUGUUUCAUGCCUCUACUCCUCCCAGCUACCCAGUCUGAUCAGGGGUCGUAUGUUUCAUGCCUCUACUCCUCCCAGCUACCCAGUCUGAUCAGGGGUCGUAUGUGUCAUGCCUCUACUCCUCCCAGCUACCCAGUCUGAUCAGGGGUCGUAUAUAUCAUGCCUCUACCCCUCACAGCUACCCAGUCUGAUCAGGGGUCGUAUAUAUCAAGCCUCUACUCCUCACAGCUACCCAGUCUGAUCAGGGGUCGUAUAUAUCAUGCCUCUACUCCUCCCAGCUACCCAGUCUGAUCAGGGGUCGUAUGUUUCAUGCCUCUACUCCUCCCAGCUACCCAGUCUGAUCAGGGGUCGUAUGUUUCAUGCCUCUACUCCUCCCAGCUACCCAGUCUGAUCAGGGGUCGUAUGUGUCAUGCCUCUACUCCUCACAGCUACCCAGUCUGAUCAGGGGUCGUAUAUAUCAUGCCUCUACUCCUCCCAGCUACCCAGUCUGAUCAGGGGUCGUAUGUAUCAUGCCUCUACUCCUCCCAGCUACCCAGUCUGAUCAGGGGUCGUAUAUAUCAAGCCUCUACUCCUCACAGCUACCCAGUCUGAUCAGGGGUGGUAUGUUUCAUGCCUCUACUCCUCACAGCUACCCAGUCUGAUCAGGGGUCGUAUAUAUCAUGCCUCUACUCCUCACAGCUACCCAGUCUGAUCAGGGGUCGUAUAUAUCAUGCCUCUACCCCUCACAGCUGCUCAGUCUGAUCAGGGGUGGUAUGUUUCAAGCGUCUCAGAGUACUGAUUUUGGAGGGGACUGAUCCUAGCUUAGCACACUUACUGAGAUGUUUGAUAUGACUGGCCAGCCCCAGAUCUGCCAAGGGCACAAGGGACGCAGCCUAUCUGGAAUGAGAAGCAACCCAACCUGUAUUGUCAUAUAUAGGGGCCCUGAGGCCAGGGGGGACAGUAUUCUAGACGGACCACCACACAGAGAGAAGAGAGAUGAAGCUACUACAUAUCCUCUGCUUCUGCCUGGCUGUCCUCGCCUCCACUUGGGCUGAGACAGGAGGGGUUGGGAGACAUAGGAAUGGUGGUAUUAAACGACCCAAGACCCCCUGUGAGCGUGCAAGAGAUGCUGUGAAAUAUGGCAUAAUUGGAGCCUUCAUCCCCACGUGUGAUGACGAUGGAGAAUACAUUCCUGAGCAAUGUUCAGGCUCUACAGGUUACUGUUGGUGUGUGAACAGUUCUGGACAGAAGAUCCCGGGUACUGAGACUCUACCAGGCACUGCUAGAAUCAACUGUGCCACACAGAAUGGUAUGAUACGAACCAAGACCCCCUGUGAGAUUGCUAGAGAUACUGCGAUGAAAAUAGUCAGGCUUGGAGUGUACGUCCCCACGUGUGACAACGAUGGACAAUACACCCCUGAGCAAUGCUGGGCCUCUACAGGUUACUGUUGGUGUGUGAACAGUUCUGGACAGAAGGUCCCGGGUACUGAGACUCCACCAGGAACUGCUAGAAUCAACUGUGCCACACAGAAUGUGGACAGAGAUAAAAGGAGUUGGAGCGAAGACAUUGGAAUGACUUUGACAGUUGUCUUUACUAUACUACAGGACCUGAUUCACAUUCUAUACAAAUAAAUGAAGAAAUCCAGAGAUGAAA